AGAAGAUGUUGGGGAACCUGUCCCUGGAUGAGAGCAGCCUCGCCUCUGAUGGGUCCAACCUGACUGACCUGGCCCUGGAGACCAUCAGCAUCCGUCUCACGGCCAUGAGGCCCUUCCAGCCUCUGCUCCUCCUGCCUGGCUCUGCCCCCUUUGUCCUGCUGGAAAAGACGAUCCUCUGACAGGUCACGCCCAUGGUGUCAGGAUUCUAUACAGCGCAUCCCCAGGAAGACCCCCUGCUCCUCUUCAGUAAUGCGGACCAGUGGGUGGGUGUUUACAUCGAAUACAAGUUCCAGACCCCCAUCAGUACCCACCUCCCAGGCUUGGCCAAUCACCUGGCCUGGAACAUCAUGGAUCCUGCUGUCCAGAAAUCCAGCAUCAUGGCCAAUGGUGCUGACGCGGAAGGCCUGCUUCGGAGUGUCCAGGUACAGAGGUGCCCCUUCCCGCGGCUGCUCCCCCACUGAAACCACCCUCCAAACCUCUCCUCCUCCCCCACCUGCCCCCAGCCUUCACAGUCAGCGCCUCAACCCUGACAACGAGAGCCAGAGCAGGAAGGCACCACCUGAGGUCACACAGCAAGGGGGGCUUCUUCCCUCCUAGCUCAUCCAAGGACUAGACUCCCAGGGCCGCGACAGAGGCAGGGUGGGGGGGACAGCGCCUCACCUCCCACACCAGGGACACCAGGCACACCAGGCGUGCUCUAACCACGGCACCCACCUCCCCCCGGAAGAUCUGGGAAACUACUCGAUACCAUCGUCAUACUCAGGUCAGGCCCUGGGGAGUGGAACAGGGCGAGAUGAAGGCCUGCAGAAGAUGCAGGCAGGGGAACAGAGCUGGCGCCCUCACACCAGCCUGACACGGUGGUGGGGCUGGAGGUAUCAUUGGUCUCAAGCCAAACUCCGGUCCUUUUGGGGUAUGGAAAAUUACAUGACACGGCGCAAUCAGAAGCUGGUACAAAAGACUGCUUUUGUUUCUAGGCAGUCAUCCAGCAUGAGGACACAGGA